CUCUUGCUCUUCCUAGAUUAGAGAGGAAAAGACGCCAGCAGUCGCUCCAGCCUCUCUGGGUUCUCUCUGCCUCUCCGGACGCUGAGCUGAGAGUUUAUUCGUUAGUUGGAAUUUGUUGAUUUGUUCCUUUAUUACAGGGAUUGUUGCCUUCAGGUUGUAAGUGAGUGAAGAAUACUGUUGAUAAUCCCAACACUGCCUGGAUGCACCUUGUAGUUUAAUAUAAAUAUUUUUUAAGUGCUUACAGUUUUGUGUCUAUAAACAGCACGUCGCUUUUGGUUUUUCUAGACCUAUUUCUGCUGAAUACGAAUCUAUUUUUUUCUAGUAGUUUCGUUUUUCCAGCACAGAGGAUGUUGUUAUCUGUGUGUUUUUUCCUGUAGGUAGUAGAGCAAUUUGGGUUCACACUAGAUAUGAAAGGAGAAAACAAAGUUAAGAUCUAACUGUCUGGACACAUUCUCUACUCUUUCCACUGACUGAUUUGUGAAGAAGAGGACGCUGAGUUGGUGGGUUUAUUUUUCCCCCUGGAUGUGACACUUGGAGCCAUGCUGCUGCUGCUGCUGCUGCUGCUCUGUCUGCAAACUUCAUUGCAAGAACAGACUCCUCCUCCUGGUCGCUGUGAUAUCUUGCAGAGGGUGGAUGUGCACACCUCCUGCACUUCCUGUGCCGCCAUCACCACCAGCAGCUGUCCCCAUGGCUUCAGCAGUGCUCGGACUACCAACUGCAGUUACGUGGUGCAGAUCGGUGGCAGGGAGAUGGAGCUGAUUGGAUGUCAGCACGUCUGUGUGAAGAGCUUCCUGCAGCCACAAUGCUGCCCACAGCACUGGGGACCACUCUGUCUCGCCUGUCCUAGCUGGUCAGGAAAGACUUGUAACUUUCAUGGAAGCUGCAUGGAUGGAGACGUUGGCAACGGGACCUGCAUCUGUGAUGAGGGCUUCACUGGCUUUGCCUGUCAGGAGUGUAAAAAUCAGAACGCUUUUGGAGAAAACUGCGAUAAAGAGUGUGACUGUGUGCAUGGAGUGUGUAAUAAAGGUCCAGAGGGUGACGGACAGUGUUUGUGUCAGCCGCCGUACACUGGAAAGCGCUGUGACCAAGUGAGCACCGGUUGCAGUAACUGCAGCCCGUACUCGUACUGUAAAGGAGAAGGAGCCGCCGCCGUGUGUGAAUGUUUGCCUGGACACAGGAAGACGUCGCAGAACAAAUGCGCAAGUAUUUGUUCGGCGAGAGACUGUGACACCAACGCCCAGUGCUCCUCACAGGGGCCAAAGAUCAGCUGCGCCUGUAACCCUGACUAUCAUGGCGACGGCAAGAUCUGCAUACCCAAAAACCCUUGCUCCGUGAACAACGGAGGGUGUCCCACCAACUCCACCGUCUGUGUCUUCAAAGGACCCAACAAGUCCAGCUGCGAGUGUAUGUUUGGCAUGUCCCCUAUAGGUGGAAACCCUGAGUUUGGCUGUCAGCUGGUCUCUGCCUGCUCAGCGGACUCCUGCGACACCACAGCUGUCUGUGAAACUGGACUGGAUGGACACCCCAGGUGUGUAUGUGAGGCGGGUCAGAUCGGUGAUGGGCGGCGUUGCUAUGGUAACCUUAUGGAGCAGAUUAUAGAGCUGGACAGAAGUGGAAGCCAGAGAGAAAAUCUGACUGGAGCCGUCGAUCUCUUCGAGAAAGGCUGCUCACUGCUGCUGAGUCACAACGGACCCUUCACAGCUUUCAUCCCCCUGCUGAGAACACCUCUGACUGGUAUCAAUGAGGAGCAGGUGUGUAAAAACCACCUGAUCCUGGGUCAGCACCUCUACAAGGAUCUGGAAGGACGAGACCUCAACCUGUACGGAGGAGCCAAGUUGAGGAGCAAAAACAACAAGAAGUUCAUCCUGAUGGACAACCCCAGCAGACUGUACACCAUCAUCAAGGAAGACCUGCCAGCAGCCAAUGGGAUCAUCCACAUCAUUGACCAGCCAAUCACAAACACACUCCCUGAUAAGCCCGCUCGUGACGAAAAGUAUGCUGAUAAGACGAUUGGGGAGAUUCUGACUAAGGAUGAAAAAUACAACCGCUUCCUGUCUCUGGCUGAUAACUGUGGGACGCGCCUCCCUCUGCGGGGUCCGGGACCCCUGACCGUGUUCAUUCCCACCAACCAGGCUGUGGACCGAGCCAGAGACGGCAGCAUCCUCUACAUGCUGCACGAUGCCAAACAUAAACUUCAGGAACUUCUCAAACAUCACAUGUUCUCCCAGGCUGUGCUGACAGUCGACGAGUUGGCCGCUCUUCCUCAGAUUCAGACGAUGGCCAAUCAGAUCGUCACCAUCACUGCGUCUAAUGAUGGUGAGAUCCUGCUGGGUGAGAAGGGCGUCCGUCUGGCGAGCACCAACAUUGUGGCGUCCAACGGGAUCAUCCAUAUGAUUGACGGGCUGCUGUACCCGCCCACCAUUCUUCCCAUCAUGCCUCACCGCUGUGAUGUCAUCGAGAGCAAGAUCACCGUGGGUCCAUGUGUCCACUGCAGUUACCUCUAUGAGACUCAGUGUCCAGAUGGCAGCACUGAAAUGGACAAUCAUCUGACUGGCUGCGAUUAUGUCACGUCUCCACUCAAGCCAACACUCAGUAAAGGCUGCGCCAAAUACUGCAACACCACCAGACAGACAGCAGAGUGUUGUAAAGGUUUCUUCGGUCCGGACUGUAAACCCUGUAUUGGAGGAUUCCAGCAUCCCUGUUACGACAAAGGAACGUGCUUUGACGGUAUCCAUGGCAACGGCUCAUGCAGUUGUCAGUCAGGCUUCAAGGGUAUCGCCUGCCACAUCUGUUCAGAUCCGUUCAAGCACGGAGACAACUGUGACGAAGAGUGUCGCUGUGUCCACGGUGACUGUGAUAACCGCCCAGGCAGUGGAGGUGCGUGUCGGAGAGGAUCCUGUUUGGAGGGAUACUCUGGAGAAAACUGCGACAAGACGGCCACGCCUUGCAACUCUGACGGACUGCUGGAACACUGUCACAUUCACGCAUACUGUACACAAACUGGGCUGCACACUAUGUGUGUGUGUAAGGAUGGAUACGAGGGUGAUGGUCACUCCUGUUCUCCCUUCAACCCCUGCCUGAGAAGCAACAGAGGAGACUGCGACGCUAACGCACAGUGUGUGUAUGUGGGUCCGGGUAACGUGUCGUGUGUGUGUGCUGAAGGUUGGACAGGUGACGGCAAAGUGUGCGUGGAGAUCAACAACUGUCAGCUGGAGAGUCGAGGAGGCUGCAGCAGCAACGCCGACUGUACCCACAUCGGACCCGGACAGAGCGAGUGUGUCUGUAAAACAGGUUACAUGGGGAACGGGAUCAAGUGUGACCUCAUAAACCCCUGCCUCAAGAGGAACGGAGACUGCCAUGAGCUGGCGAAGUGUGAGCUGAAGGAGGCUGGAACUCACACCUGUACGUGUCCUGACGGCUACGCUGGAGAUGGAACCAUCUGCUACGGGACAUUAAUGGAUGAGCUGGACAUGAACCCAACGCUGUACGGUUUCUCCCGACUGAUCCAGAAGUACAGUCACGCCUCUGAGGACCUGAGUGGGAACCUCACAGUGUUCAUUCCCUCCAGAGAAGCUCUGAAGAACAUGACCUCAGCUGAGACCGCAUUCUGGACCAGCCGACACCACCUACCUCACUUCCUGCGGGCUCACUUCCUGCAGGGGAUGUACACUCUAGAAGAUAUGGACAGACUGGUUGGCAGCAGGUUGCCCUCCCUGAACCCUUCCACUCAAUGGGAGAUCAGCAACAGCAGCGGGUUGAUCCGUAUUGGAAACGCCUCCAUCAUCACCCACAACCUGCCUGCAAUCAAUGGCUACAUCCACAUCAUAGACCAGAUUCUGGCACCACCCAACUCACACCUCCCGCCCGAGCCCCCCACCCUGAUGGCCUUCCUGAACUCCUCCUCCAACUUCACUCUGUUCAGACAGUACGCUCUGAUGUACAACCUGUCAGAGGAUCUGACGUCUGAAUUCACCAUCCUGCUGCCCACGGACGAGGCCAUAAGGCAACACCUCAGCAAGACUAACUCCUCCCUCCUGAGCUCUGAUGUGUUUAAGUACCACGUGAUUCCUAAUGAGCUGCUCUUCCCUGACCACCUGUUUGACGGCACGUUGAAAGCCACUCUACUGAGCAAGGACCACGAGGUCCAGUUCCACUUACACAACAACAAGACAGCUGUGAACGAUGUUCCUCUUGACGGCAGUUUCAUCGAGACGCAGUACGGCGUCAUCAUCGUCAUCCCUCAGGUCCUCCAAGUCCGCCGCAACAGAUGCAACAGACCGAUCACCCUGCGAGUCAACGGAAGGUGUACAGACUGUGAAGGACGUCCUCGAUGCCUCUACAGUUACAAACCAAUCAGAAGCCAGUUUCCGGCCAACAUGAGGCCCAACUGUAAAUUCAGGAAGCGGGUUGGAUCCAAGAGGAGGCCAGUGCCAGGCUGUGUCAUCAAAUGUCUUCGGGUCACCACGGAUCACUCCUGUUGCCCUGGUUACUACGGUCAUGAGUGCUUCAAAUGCCCUGGAGACAUUGGCAGCUGGUGCUCCAAUCAUGGGGAGUGUCAAGACGGUACCCAAGGCAACGGGGAGUGCCGUUGCUAUGAGGGUUUCCAUGGCACCGCGUGUGAGGACUGUGAGCCGGGACGAUACGGAGUCAACUGCUCCUCCAAGUGUACGUGUGACCAUGGGAAGUGUGAGGACGGUCUGGCGGGAAGUGGCAAAUGUGUGUGUUAUAAAGGUUGGAAAGGAGCUUCAUGCUCUAUAGAGGCUAAGGAUGACGCCUGUGGAAAUGUGUGUGAUGACUACGCCAACUGCAUUACAGGGCCGAAAGGAACGGCUGCUGCCUGCGUGUGUGCGGCUGGAUAUGAAGGCAAUGGAACGUACUGCAAAGAGGUGGAUUUGUGCCGCAGGUCUAACGGUGGAUGUUCAGAGGUUGCUGUAUGUACGAAGGUCUCAGCAGGAGAGAGGACCUGUACCUGUAAAGAGGGGUACACUGGAGACGGGGUUGUCUGCCUGGAGAUCGACGGCUGUCUGGUCAACAACGGAGGCUGCCACAAGUCAGCGGAGUGCAUCAGAACAGGCCCCAACACUACGGCCUGCCAUUGUAUGAUGGGCUUCCAAGGAUCGGGGAGGUUCUGUUACCCGGUCAACCCAUGCAGAACUAACAACGGCGGCUGCAGUAAAUAUGCUCGCUGUGAGUACAUGGGUCAGGGUCAGAGGAACUGCACCUGUCUCAGAGGCCACGUGGGAGACGGCUUCGAAUGCCGCGGAAACACCAACGCUGAGGUGUUCCGAAAUCCAGAGAACAACUUCUUCCGUCGAAUGAUAUAUCUAUCAGGACAUCGAAGUCUUAACGAUGGCGCGAACACUGUCUUCGUCCCUGCUGAGGAAACCAACGAAUUCUCCACUGUUGAAGAAUGGAAGCAGCAUGGUCGUGUUGAUCAUCUGGUUCGUUACCACAUCAUUUCAUGUGAGACUUUGACCUUGAGUGACCUCAAAUCCACUGAGCGUGCUGUCUCAACAUCUGGACACACACUGCACUUCAGCCUGCAGCAGGGUUCAGUCUUGGUGAACAACAGGUCAAAGAUCAUUAAGAGUGAUUACACCACUACUAACGGCAUCAUUCACUACAUCGACACUAUGCUGACGCCCUACAAGCUGCAGGACAAACUGCGUAUCCAGUCUGACACGAUGAACUUCACCUCAGCAACCACUUUUUAUGGCUACAGCCGUUUCUACAAACUCGUGGAGGACGCAGGAUUACUCCCUAUGAUCCAGAUGUCCAUCCACCAGCCGUUCACCAUGUUCUGGCCCACAAACAAGGCUCUCGACUCCCUGCCAGCUGAAAGACAGCGCUGGCUCUACAGCCCCGACCACCAAGACGAGCUGGCUGCAACUGUGAAGGCUCACAUCAUACGCAAUGGCAAGCUGACAGGUAUCAGUCACCCAAGUGUAUUCUCGACGUACCGCACCAUGUACGGAUCCACCAUCAAGUUCAACUGUGACAAGACCCUGGUGGGGGAUAUAUUAAUGAAUGAGAACGCAGCCAAGCUUGUGGAGCGCUACCUGACCUUCACUGAGGGCAUUGCUUAUGGCAUCGACCAGCUACUGGAGCCACCUGGACUGGGAGCGUACUGCGACGGUCUCGAGAUGAGAACCACUUAUGGAGGCUGUGGACGCUGUCUCUUCCCUCCAUCCUGCCCCAUCAGACAUGAAGACACGGGAAAAAGGGAGCGAUGUUUUAACUUUCGCUCCAGGUAUGGAUACCCAAAUUGGUAUUCUGACCUAAACGAUCAUUUCAACCGGAUGGGCUGUAAGAAAGUUUGUCAGACUCCCUCCUGGGUCCAUAAGUGCUGCAAAAACCACUACGGUCGAGACUGUCAAGUUUGUCCAGGUGGCGUGGAGGCUCCUUGUGGUAACCACGGUGACUGUGAUGAUAAUGUGCGUGGUUCAGGAAGGUGUCAAUGCCACGAUGGCUUCAGAGGAAAAGCCUGCGAACUGUGUGAGAUUGGUCACUACGGCCCCAACUGCACAGUCUGUAGCUGUGGUCAGAGGGGAAAGUGUGAUGAGGGCAUUGAAGGUUCUGGACAGUGCGUGUGUGAGCCGGGCUGGCAGGGCGAUCGCUGCCAGAGUAAACAAGACGAGAUCCCAGAGGAGUGCCGGCAGUGCCACGCUCAGGCCGACUGUAUGCCAGGUGUUGGUUGUCAGUGUAAAUCUGGGUUUCAGGGGAACGGCACCUUCUGCACUUCAGAACCUCCAGAUCUCUGCUCUGAGUAUAACGGCGGCUGUCACCAGAGAGCAGACUGUAACCAGACGGGACUGCUCGUCAACUGCACCUGUCAGAGCAAUUACCAAGGAGACGGCUACUCCUGCGAGCCCAUCAACAGAUGUGUUGAAGAGGAAAAUGGCGGCUGCAGUGACUUUGCCACCUGCAAGUUCACCGGUCCGAAUGAGCGUGAGUGUGAAUGUUUGCCGGGAUACGUGGGUAAUGGAGUCCAGUGUUUGGAGAAGGUGGUGCCUCCUGUUGACCGCUGCCUGGAAAACAAUGGAGACUGUGACCCUGUGGCCACCUGCAAGGACCUGCAUUACCAUGCCAACACAGCUGGAGUGUUCCACCUGCGCUCUCCAGAGGGAAAGUACAAGAUGAACGUCAGUCAGGCAGACGCCGCCUGCCAGGCCGAGGGCGCCACGCUGGCCAACCUCAAACAGAUGGGAGAUGCGCAGCAGCUGGGGAUGCAUCUGUGCGUGGCCGGCUGGCUUGAAGGGGGAAAGGUGGGGUACCCAACCCGCUUCCCCUCCGUCAAGUGUGGAGACAACCACGUGGGGCUGGUCCUCUACAAAGACCCUGUGGACCCGACCAGCAAGUAUGACGCCUACUGCUACAGGGUCAAAGAUGUGUCGUGUGUGUGUCCUACUGGUUACGUCGGAAACGGAGACUUUUGUAACGGCGUCCUGACCAACGUCCUUGCAACGUACAGUAACAUCUCCAUCUUUUACAAGUCCUUGCUGGACUAUAGUGGUUCGUCCUCGGAGGGAAAACAGCUUGUUGAAUUUUUAUCUCACAGAAAGUCUGAGGUCACGCUGUUUGUUCCUCAUGAUGCCGGCUUCGCCCAAAACCAGACUCUGUCUGGUAGAGAUCUUGAGUAUCACAUCACAGCCAAUCACAGUAGACGACCAUACAAGGAUCUGAAACACCAGGAAGUCAUCACAUCCAGACUUGGGUUCAACCUGGUUGUUACCCACGGCAACAAUGAGAGCCGUAAACUGGUGAACCAGCAGCUGUUGUUGGAAUGGGACAUUCCUGCUAUAAACGGGAUCAUCCAUAUCAUCGAGGCCCCGCUGACAGCACCUCUCCCACCGAUCUCCCAUCAUGCUUCCCGUGGCCACACCCACUCAAGCGGCACGGCGUCGGCCAUCUUGGUGUCAGUGUUAGUGGCAUGUGUGUUGGCUGGACUCGGCUACUACGUCUUCAAAAACAAAACCGACGCCUUCCGCUUCCACUACUUCAGAAAUGAGGAUGAGGACGGCACAGCGGGCGGCAAGACCAAACCCACGCUAGUCUCCAUCCCCAACCCUCUGUACAGCGGCUCCAGGGCCUUCGCUGAGCCGUUUGGGGACACCAAUCCAGUAGCGGAGUCAGCAGCACCUGAAGAACCUCCAAAGAUUCUUGACCUGGACCAGUAGAGCCAGUCGAGCCAGUUGAACCAGCAAAACUGGAGCUGUCUGUCUGUCUGUUUCCAUACCACAGUAAACUGGUGACUUUAUCGUGGUUUAGCUCUUAUUCAGUUCAUCUGUAUCUAAAUAAGAAAAAAUUAUUAGUUUAAUUAAAACCAGAUGAUUUCUAGGGGAAAAACCAAAUGAUUUCUAUUAAAGCUGCACUAAUCAAUAGUUUUUUAUAUAUUUUUAUAUGGAUCAGCUGACUAUGUGUAGUUGUGAACACAGAAUUCUCACCAGCUCUGCACCUAUACAGAGCCUUUUAGCCCCUUUUAGCUCCUAGUUUUGGUUUUAUAGCACAUUUGUUAUGGUUGUUCCCAGCAGUGGCAAGCAGCUGUAUCUUCCCAGCACCAAACAGCAGACAAAGUUAGAGACUAUCUAGUGAAGAAAGUGGGACAUUUAUCAGCUUAACCGAUAUUUUUUCACAUGAGUUGGUGGAGACCAAACCAGAGCUAAAAGGGGAGUGAAUAUUGGAUGUAUAUUCAUCAGAGGUGGACACAAACAUGACUCCAAUGGGAUGAUAAUGUUGCUCUGCGUAUCAUUCACCCUCAUCACCCAAGCUCUGGUUUAGUCUCCAACUCCCCCAAAAAUAUCUGUUUCUUUAGCUGCUAAAUGUUCUACUUUCUUCACCGGCUAGUCUCUAACUUUGUUUGCCGUUUGGUGUUAGUCAGGUAGUGUACAGUUUGUUAGCUCCUGAACUGAGGGCAGCUACCUAAAACUGGAAUCAUGCUUCUCCAAAGAUACAUGUAAACGUCGAAGAAGGGUGUUAUGGGUAACCGUGGGUUGCAGAGGAGCCAUUGUGUACAUCUUCCAAAUCUCAAAAACACUUGGUGCAGACCUGUGCAUCCUCAAGUUGAUUGCUGGAUUCAAUUGCUUUCAGGAAACGGAGAUGAAAAACAAAUGUUAACAUGCUACAGACAAGUGUAAACCAAAGUGCUACACAAACGUCUCCCAGCGACCCCUUUGCACUUUUGCCUACAUGCAGGAUAGAGAAUCAUAAUUCCACCUUGACGUUUUAUACAAGCCAGCAUGGUUUUGGUUUCACCAGUCCAAAAAGAAGCUGCGUAGAGGUGCAGAGCUGGUUGUUCAUUCAAAGCCAAAGCCUGAUAUAUGUUUUUUGUCUGUGCCAAUGAAUUCCAUUGUUGUCAAAAAUCUAUUAAAAACACAUCAACAAGCCACACCGUU